UGUUAUUUUUUCUUGAAUGCCUGAUCGAUACCACCAUCGGGCGCCCGCGCCUGCAGGCCAGCUGGGCAUUUUUUGGGUAACUUUCUUCAAAAUGUUAAAAUUCUAAAUUUUUAUUGCUUUUUACUUCACAAAAUAAUAAUGCAUUUUCUUUGGAGUGCAUUCUCAUCAUCUUCUUCUUCGUCAUCCCCUUCAAAUCCUCCAUUAAAGGGUAAAAGCAAAAGCUCUAAUGAUAUUUUCAAGAAUAAUAGUUGUAAAAAUAAUGAACAGGGGAGAAAGUUAACUAGGCAGAGGAAGUUAAGGCACGCAACUGAUGAUGAAUUAGGAUUGCGGCCUGGUGUUUUUAAUGAGAGGUCACAGUCGUGUCCCGUGUCGCCGGACUCGAGUUCUGCUUGGAGGCCGGCAUCGGAGCCUCGUACGCCCCGCCGUGCAGAUGUCGGCCAUUGGUCAAAGUCGGCGGUGCCGCAACCACUGCCGCUGCCGGAAUUGAAUUCUCAGCCUAAGCAGAUUGAUAAUUUGCAUGGUCAAAGAAGAGGGGAUUUGGGUCAUUCAAGCUCUGCAAUUGAAAGUAGUUCUUCUCUUCAAAAUUUGGGCAAGACAAAAGAUAAUAUAGCCAGAAGAUCAUCUGUAUCUCCAACUUAUCGCUACAGAAAAUUCCCUCGGCAGCUAAAUGUUGACACUGCACAAAACAACUUUCGGCUGCAUUUUCCUACGUUUAGUGCUCCGAGCAGUGGUUACUCAAGUCCCAUCCUUAGCCCACAAAGAUUUAGUACUGUGGAUUUUUUCCAGGUCUCAGCAUUUGCUUUGGAGUCUUCCCAUUCAGAUAGAAUAGCAAAAUCUUGCCAAAUUUCACCAAGACUUACCCCCAAUCAAUCACCACUUCAAAGUCCAUGUAGAAACUCGGUAAAUCAUAAUGGAAAUUUGAUGCAUAUGCACAAUAAAUCUUUCCCAGAAAGUUGGCCUGAGGGUAAUAAUGCGCAUGUCCACCCAUUACCACUUCCCCCAGGAGUUUCUAGGCCGUCACCUACCGCUUCUCAAAAUUCGGAUAAAUCAGAUAUUUUGUCGGUUAAAGGUCAGUGGAGAAAGGGAAGACUCAUAGGACGUGGUACAUAUGGAAGUGUUUAUGUUGCAACUCAUUGUGAAACUGGUGCAACGUGUGCUAUGAAAGAAGUUGAAAUGAUUCCUGAUGACCCUAAAUAUGCAGAAUGCAUAAAACAGUUGGAGCAGGAGAUCCGAAUUCUUGAGGAGUUGAAGCAUCCAAACAUUGUACAAUAUUAUGGGUGUGAAAAAAUUGAGGAUCGCUUUUGCAUAUAUUUGGAGUAUGUUCACCCAGGGUCCAUAAACAAGUAUAUUAGCGAACAUUGUGGAGUUAUGACGGAGUGCAUAGUUCGCAAUUUCACUCGUCACAUUCUUUUGGGGUUGGCUUACUUGCACAACAAACAGACAAUACACAGGGACAUCAAAGGGGCGAAUUUGCUUGUCAAUGCGUCUGGUGUUGUCAAGCUUGCUGACUUUGGAUUGGCAAAACAUCUCAACGGAAAUGGUAUUGAUCUUUCAUUGAAGGGCACUCCUCAUUGGAUGGCUCCAGAGGUACUGCAGGCUGUGAUGCGGAAUGAUGCUAAUCCAGAGCUGGCCUUCGGCAUUGAUAUAUGGAGCGUGGGUUGUACAGUUGUCGAGAUGCUCACCGGGAAACCUCCUUGGAGUGAACUAAAUGGGGUGCAAGCCAUGUUCAAUGUAUUGAACAAAUCGCCACCCAUACCAGAAACAUUGUCUAAUGAAGGGAAGGAUUUCCUCAGACGGUGCUUUCAGAGAAGACCUGCAGAUCGACCUUCAGCUACUAAGUUGCUUGAACACCCUUUUUUACGAAGUUCACAAGAUCAAAAUGUUGGUGGCUUUAUGCAAGAAUUUUCCAGAAUGAAAUUACUUGAUGCACCACAAUUCCCAAGUGACCGGACUAAAGGAAAAAAGGAUGUGAUGCCACAUUCAUCAGAUUCGAGAAUCCAGCAUGGAAAGCUUCCACUAAAUGCUUCGAGUGAAACAAGUCCACAAUCUUAUCCGGAAUCGUCAUGCCCUGGGAUAAAAUUUCAUCAUUCUCCUCGUUCUAUGCUUGAAGUCCUUACUUCCGUUGCUUCACCGGAUCUUAAUCGUGGCUCAUAUAAUACUAGCCCUUCAAAGGUUCCAAAUAGUUUGUUCUCAGGAACUGGAGCAAACAGUCCUUAUACAGUGUUGAGGAACCUCCCAUUCGUGUAAGACAAUGGGAGGGAAAUGAACUUAGAAGUCUGUUGUACAGUCAGGAGCAUAUGACUUUACUUAUUUUUUAGUUUGCUUCAAGAUCUAUUCAUUAAGUUGCUUCGGCUUUUAUGGGAUCUUAUUCUGUGUAAUUUUGCUACAGAUCCCAUAAGAUCUUUCACCUCUUUAGGCUCACAUGUGGAUUUUUUUUCAUCUCUUAGUUCUGGGAGAAUGUCUGACAAGAAAAACUACUGUUGGGGGAUAUAACUUGAUCGUAUAUAUGAUCGAGAGACUUGUUAUACAAUGUAAAUAUUGAAGUUUCUGCAUUUUUACUGCAAUUAACCAUUUAUGCAGGAAAUUCUUAGUAUUGAUUUGCAGUUUCAUA